AUGCCCAAGGUCUGGAAGGUUUAUGAACGAGCGAGGGGGAUUGCCUUGACGAGGGAAAGAUUCCAGUUCAUCUUUGAUCUGGAAACGGAUAUUCAGACUGUGCUGCGUCAAGGGUUCUGGACUUUCGAUGAUUGGGGUAUGGCUAUUGAACGAUGGGUAGAACAUCCACCGGUCAAUUACCUGCAAACUGCAGCUAUAUGGGUGCGGUUUAAGAAUCUCCCAGCAAACUAUCUGACUACAAAGACUAUGGAUAUUGUGGCUGAUGGAAUUGGGCACGUAGAAGUAAUUGAAUUUGAUCCAGGAAAGCCUCUGCUGAAUGAUAAUGUGUGUGUUCAAGUGAGGCUGGACCUUAAUCUCCCGCUUAGAGAUAAGAAAUCUGUUACCCUUCCUGGUGGUCGUAUUGAGUAUGUGGAUGUGGAGUAUGAACGAGUAAGGAAGAAGUGUUUUCAUUGUUUCCGUCUCUCUCUUGAGAAACAAAAAUGUCCUCUGUUCCAAGGCUGUAGAAAUAGAGGUAAAGGAAUUGUGAAUCGGCAGAUCGUUACGGAAGGUCAAUCUUCAAGUCAUCGUCAACACCAUAAUGAUCUUGCUGAGAAGUUGAUGCCCCUGUUAGCACCCACGAUCCCACCGGGCUUUGAGAAUCCGUCGACGAUGGUGGCUCCAGAGGUGUUUGAGCAGAUGCAGAUCUAUAUGAGUGUCUCUGAUCCUGAGGAGAGACGUCUACGUGAAGCUAAGAUGAGAAAAACUCUUAAUGAACUCUCAAAUGAUCCAGUGGCACAAAGGUCUUGUCUACGGUUAGAGAUGGCGCCUAAGGUUACAGCUGCAGUAAGUAAGGACAGAGGGAAAGUGUUCGACUACAGCAGGGUUCAGGAGACACACCUAACGGAUAUCUCAGUAGUUUCUGCUAAGAAGAAUGACAAUGUUUUACUUAACAAAGGAUAUAACGUUCAGUACCAGGAAGAUGUGAUAUUGGAGGAACUGACUGAGCGAGAUCCUGCAGUUGGAGGCUUCGUUAUGGGCAGUAACGAUCAGCUGGAUGGUGAUAGAAGCAGUAGAAGUGGGAACUCCUGGAAACGUAGGAAACAAGGUUCCAGGAAUGUUGCACAGUCUCCUAUGGCAUUGAAGAAUCGUGAUAGAGAGGAGGGCUCUGGGAAACGUAAGGCGUUGGAGGACGGAGAAGUGUCGUCAAAAGUGUUAAAACAGAGUGGAGGUUUGAUGGUUCACCAGAAACCAUCCAAUCCUCAAUGA